CCUUCUUCUCCGGCCGUAACGAGGAGCAGCCGCCCGCCGUUCCCGCGGAGCUCGCCCGCUGCAGGCUGGCAAGACUGCCGUCCCGCACGCAGCUAUGGCGUCUCGGGAGGCUUCCGAAACAUCCUUCUUCAGCCUGAGCGGUGUAAGAGAACGCAUGCGGGAGAAGAAAAAUGGUGCCUUGAGAACUGCGAAGUUGAAUGCCUCACUUGCAUCAAAAAUCAAAACCAAAGCCAUUAACAACUCUUCCACUCUUAAAGUCUCCUUAAAGCACAACAAUAAAGCACUGGCCAUGGCCCUCAAUGCAGAAAAAGCCAAGGCACAGCAGCUCACCCAGGAGAAGGCCAUCCUGCAGAAGGAGGUGGAGCAGUGCCACUUCCAGAAUGCUGUGCUGCGGCACAAGCUCUCUUUCCUGAAUAACAUCUUGAAAGAGCUUGAAAACCUUAUGGCUGCAGUUAAGAUGGCCCGGCUGUCUGAGUUCCAAACAAGUUCUGCAUUGAAGAGCAGUGUAACUGAAGAUAGCUGGGCUGACAGUAUUGCAGAUGGUCAGCUUGUGAGGGCUGCAGGGAUGCCAAUGAGGGUGCCCGUUUCCAAGCUGUGUGAUGCAGGACAGCAAAGUGUGAGCUCUAUAGCUGUACAGACAUUCUCACUAGAUCUUCAGAGACCUGCUUCUGAUGAGCCCAUGGAAAUGGUGCCUGUUGCCUCCAAAGACACUUUGCCACCACAGCCUGUUGAGAUGCCUCAGUCUUACCAGGAAGAGAAGGGGAGAAAGCCAGCUGAGUCAAUGCAUGCACCAGAGGCUUUUCUGGACUCUGGCAUCUUUGGAGAGGCCUUGUGUACCACCCAACAAAAUGGGAGCAAUCUGCCAGUGCUUGCCUGGGAAAGUCAUCCUCUUUCAGACAAUGGUGAUGAGAUGACAAAACACUACUUGGAUCGUCUCUCACAAGGGCAUGUUACUCAGAGGAGAAAGCGUUGCACGCUGUUGGCAACAAGCACUCCACAGCUGCAAUCACGCAGCUCCCAGGUUUCACCUACUGAAAACAGUGUUACUCCUCAUAGAAAAUCUUUGGGCGAGUCUGAAAUUUCUGAGGUGAGGCAGAAGGUUUGUGUGGGGCCUUCUGACAGGAAGAAUGAAGCCUGUGGUGUGGAGCAACAUUCCCACUCUACUGAUGAAGUCCGAAGUCUCAGAAGAACAUAUAUGGUGGAUCCAACACAGCUGCACAGUUUUGGAAGUGGUGGCUUGAGUACUGAGGGCAACAGAAUGCCUGAGAAAUCUUCUCAGAGCUCACCUUCAGAGAAAUCUGAGAUCAGACCACUACAGGACGUAACCAAUGCCAGGAAUCUCUCUUCCUCCAGCUCCGAAGAAGCGUUGGUGCGCUCCUCCAGGCGCAGACUGGAGCCAGGCUGCUAUACAGAGCCAAGCCUCAACAGGAAACUGAGGCAGGGUGACCCAUUUACAGACACGAAGUUCCUCUGUGACCCUCCAAAAAAACCAAGAAGAACUCUCAAAGCCAAGAAAAUGACCAGUAAGAUCAAAGAGGAAAAAGAAUGGCUUCCUGAAGAAUUUCCCAGUGCCUAGCUAAUAACAAUGGGAAGAGAAAUAAAGCCAGAAUUCAAACAGUGGUUGAACAGGCAGCACCCAACCUCCUAGGGUCUUGUGUGCCUUUGCUAGAAUAUCUCUAAUGUUUUCCACAGCUUUUUAAAAAAUUUAUUUUAGAAUAUAAAGAUAUAAGUCUCCUAUGUGAACAAUAUAAAAGCUUUGUGACAUUUAUUCCCCACCCUCCUCCUCUCCACCUUUAAAGGCUGGGGUGCUGCUUUAUAAAGUCUUUACCACAAGUCCUUCUGGCACCACAGACAGCUAGCUGGCUCUGCCAA